CGGCCAUGGUAUUGAAAAUCGACCCUUGCAGCUACUUCUUUGGUUUGGCGGUAACUCCCAGUCUCAGCGACUGGGAACUAAGCUGUAGACUGGGGGUACCCCCGCAGAAUACUGCUUCUCAGCUGUUGGUGCGCUGGGGAUUAGACCUAACACAAGGAGCUGACUUGUUGGAUCCCAACAUGCAGCAAAAACUUGAAGGAAUAAAAGGUCUGAUUCGGCGUGAAAUACAAAAGGAACUUAAAAUCAAAGAAGGUACAGAAAACUUGCGCAAGGUGACGACAGAUAAAAAAAAUCUGGCACAUGUAGAAAACAUUCUAAAAAUCUCUGAUCAAAAACUGGAACGCCUGCAUUGGGAGCUUCAGGAGCUGAAUGCACGGAUUGUUGUCACAGAUAGGGAUAAUUUGAGAGAUGGUGAAUUAUCUCCAGACUCCUUUUGCUGGGAGCAGUGUUUAACUCCGCUGAGCAGUCGAAUAGCAGCUCUAAAGAGACAGCUAAAUAUUGAAAUGAAGGUGAAACAAGGAGCUGAAAACAUGAUCCAAAUGUACUCAAAUGGAUCCUCAAAGGAUCGUAAAAUGUUAGCAGCAGCACAGCAGAUGUUGCAGGACAGCAAGAUAAAGAUUGAUAUAAUCAGAAUGCAGAUCAUCAAAGUAACUCGCACUAUUGGAACACCCGAGGAUGCAAGUGAAACUCCAGGGGCAAUCAGUUCCCUGGAGCUGCGAAUCGAAGAAUUGAGACAUCACCUCCGAGUUGAGUCUGCAAUAGCAGAUGGUGCAAAAAAUGCAGUGAAGUUGCUGGAUGGAAGGAAGGACCAGGACAGGAGAAUGCUGGCUGAGGCACAAUCACAGUUGCGGGAGUCAGCCCAGAAAAUGAAUCUGCUUCGCAUGUCACUGGAAUGCCGCCUAAGAGAGCUUCCCAAUGAUCAUCCCAUCCAAGAAGUUGUCAAAGAAGAGCUGAAAAUGGUGAAUUUGCCAUUGGUAGCAUUAAGCCAUAUUGGUGCUUCAUAUCUCUCCUUGGCCUUUAUUAAAUCGGCAGCACUAACAGGAAUGUUAGAAGUGAAACUAAUAGGAUGCCAGCAUCUCCUUGAAAAUGUCCCGGAUUGUUUGUGGUUGGGAAAUGCUUCAUCUAGUCCAGAGACAACUCUGUCAUCUGUUAAAAUGCGAGUAGGGAUGAAUGUCCACGGACGUCAUACAGCAAGUCGAUAUUUAAAAUCAGAAGAGCGAAGUACUGAAGCAAGUGCUAUUCUGAAAUUGGACAAUCGAAUUGUCGGACAAACACACUGGCGUUCAGUGAAGAAUCAAGUGUGGGAUCAGACCUUCAGCAUUGAAGUCAACAGGAAUCGUGAGUUGGAAAUUGCCGUUUAUUGGCGGGAUUGGCGAGAACUAUGUGCAGUAAAGUUCCUACGACUUGAAGAUUUUCUAGACUAUCAGUGCCAUGCAAUGACUGUGUGCUUGGAGCCACAGGGGGUACUUUCUGCAGAGAUGACCUUCUGUAAUCCUGUCAUCAAUCGAGGCCCAAGACUACGACGUCAGAAUCGAAUUUUUCGCAAGCAGAAAGGAAAAAACUUUCUAAGAGCAUCACAGAUGAAUAUCAAUAUUGCCACUUGGGGGCGCCUAAUGAUGAAUAUGCUGCCUCCAUGUAGCAGCACAACAACAAGUCCACCGUUGCCUACAGCUGACCCCAGUUUCACACUGCACUCAGGAACACUGCGCAAUUCCCGCAUCAUGUCACCAGAAUCAAGGGACUUUACACCUGUCAACCUAAACUUCAGCCCAGACCGUCCUCCCAAGCCACCUCUGCUUUUUAUAAAUUGUGCAUCUGAAGAAAGGAUACUUUCACUGAGUGAUGAUCAGGAUGCAGUGGGAAAUGGUACAAAUGUGAUAACUCAACAGAUCAACCAGUUUCCAGAUGUAUCAAAUCAAGUUUGGGUUCCACCAAGACAACAGACCUUGCGCUUUGAAGACUUCUACUGUUUGGCCUUGCUUGGACGUGGUCAUUUUGGGAAGGUGCUUCUCGCAGAAUACAAGUUGACAAAGAGACUGUUUGCUAUUAAAGCCUUGAAGAAAGGAAAUAUAGUGUUUCGAGAUGAAGUGGACAACCUGAUGUGUGAGAAAAGGAUCUUUGAGACUGCGAGCUCUGCUCGGCACCCUUUUCUAGUGAACCUCUUUGCGUGCUUUCAAACACCACAUCAUGUUUGCUUUGUGAUGGAGUAUGUACCUGGAGGAGAUCUAAUGAAGCACAUUCACUCCAAUGUCUUCUCAGAGCCCCAAGCUCGGUUUUAUGCAGCCUGUGUUAUCCUUGGCUUGCAGUUUCUACAUGAGAAAAGUGUAAUUUACAGGGAUCUGAAAUUGGACAACUUAUUGAUGGAUGCUGAAGGUUAUGUUAAAAUUGGUGACUUUGGGCUCUGUAAAGAGGGAAUGGGUUUUGGUGAUCACACAAAUACAUUUUGUGGAACUCCUGAGUUUCUGGCUCCAGAAGUGCUGACCGAUUCCUCCUACACACGAGCAGUUGACUGGUGGGGUUUGGGAGUCCUCAUUUAUGAAAUGCUGGUGGGAGAGUGCCCUUUUCCAGGAGAUGAUGAUGACGAGGUAUUUGAUAGCAUUGUUAAUGAUGAGGUGCGCUACCCACGAUUCCUAUCAACUGAGGCGAUCUCAAUCUUAAGAAAGCUACUGAGAAAGAACCCGGAAUACCGUUUAGGCACUGGUGAUGAGGAUGCAGAGGAAGUGAAAAAAGAAAUGUAUUUUGGCGAAGUUGAUUGGGAGGCCUUAUUUGCUCGAAGAAUAAAGCCGCCAUUUAUACCAAAAAUAAGUGGCCGAAAUGAUGUCCGGAACUUUGAUAAAGAAUUUACAACCCAAAGACCAGUCUUGUCUCCAUUUUCAGACUCCGGGGUACUAACUGCACAAGAACAGGCAAUGUUUGAAGGGUUUGAUUGCAUGACUGACCUAUAUCAAGAUUUAUAGGCUUCAUGUACUGAUGUCAUACCUCAUGAGAAUGCUGAGUGCUUGCUGUUGGGCAAACUGAGAAACUAAAGCUUUAGCUGCUAUGAAGUCAGAAACAUCUAGUUGCUUCCAUUGCUGAUUUGAAUAUGAAUAUUUAGUUUCCAAGGUAACCAAACCCUGAGCAUCUGUUUCAUUUUGUGAAUGUAAUUUACUUUCCAGAAUCCCUGUACAUCACGGAGAAUAGAUGGUAUCUAUUAGGUUGGGAAUGAACUACAGAACUGCAAUGGGAAAAGGGGCUCUUGUACUAACAGGUCAAUUACCAAGAUGAAUCCUCCACAAUUUUGCUGCUUUAUCUGUGCAGUAGGUAGUUGCAUAAUUCUUGCUUCCUGUUUCUCCCCUCCUCUUUCCCACCCUCUCCACCCCCAAACACACUGCCUCAUACAACCAUCAACAUAUCUUUGAUACCUUGCUUUUCUCUGAUCAGGACACUGCAAAUCUCUGGUUCUUUCAAUUUUACCUUUCACCAUAUACAUGUAGGCAAACCUGAAUGUCAGUAGGGUGGAUUUAAGUCAUCUAACAAUGAAACUUGCUGUUUUGUUGAGGUGGGUGGAUGUUGAUUAUGAGCAGUAUUUUAAUUUGUUCCACUUUUCUCUCCCUGCUUCCCUCGCCUCCCUCAGAUUUGGAAAAUAUCGUGCUCUCUCCUGUCUUAUUUCACUCAGUGAUGCCUCUGGAUAUAUUCAAUUAGCCUUUUAAUAUGUGAUGGCUUUUUUUUUCUCUUUUUUUGAGAGGAUGGGCAAGAAACCUGCAUCCGAAAACUGCAAUGUUGAGUUGACUAUCAAAAACGUAGCCAUGGCUCCCUGACUUGCCUUUUUUCCUCUUUGUGGGGAAUUUAUUUCACCUGCCACCACACCUGUAGAAUUAGGUCCAGGACAUGGCAGGUGAUCAUUACUUUAGUUUGCCUUCAGAGUAUGUUCAUGUGUAUGUUGUACUUGUGGGAAAAGCAAAGCUUUUUAAACUAAUAGCACUUUAAAUGUCUAUUGAAACACUUUUCUCUGUUGCUAUUGAUGAAUUUGUAGACAGACAGAUUAUUGAACAGUUUAAAAGUGAGUUACAGAGGGGAAAUGUUUAAUGGCACGGGUGAACAUAUGACUGGGGUGAUGAUCUUUAGCUUCCAACUCAUCAGUGUUUCCAAAUCUCCUAUGCUUCAGAGGUCAGUAACUUGUCAGCAACACGAAAGGAAACCUGAGCAAAUUCAUUCUUUUGGCUGCUGUUAAAUACUCUCAUUGGCUGAAAUCAAGGAACAGCUGCAUUCCUGACCUAGUCAUGUAGCCAGAGGAAUGGAGGUAUAACUAGAUUCCAGUAUUAAAAGCAUAUCAUUUUGAAAUCUAGGUGAACUGCUUUAUUUUGAAGAAAAACAUCUAGCUAUUUUCUUAAGUGCAAUGUUGAUUUUUUUUUGUGUAUGGAAAAACACUAUGGAGAUUAAGAACCUUUUUAUAUGGUAAAGAGCAGACAUUGUUCCUAUUUAUUGAUGUAACUUGUGGCUUGU